AUGCCCGCCGGCCCCAUAGAAUCCGGGUAUGUAGCCCACCAGCUCCAAGCCGGCGUAUACGACUCCAUCCCCUCGCUGCAGCCGGGCGGCGACACAACGCCGCUGGAGGGCUGGAUGUCUAGCGACGCGGGGCGGGCAUGGGCGCGCGCCGCGUUGCGGCGUGGCGUCAGCCGCGCGGCGAGUGCCGGGAACGAAGGCGUGCUCGCAGGCCUCAAAAAGCACUCGUGGGAGGAUGCGCAUCUCACACAACGUGCCGAGAUCGGGCGCGUGCUUGCGCAUCUCCCAGAACGCGCGGAGGCGCUUUUGCGGCUCCGAGAGGGGCCGUCCGAGUCUGUACUGUCCGGGCCGGAUUCCGAGGUCGAGAAGGCGGGAGAGGACAAGAAGGACGAGAACGGAGACGAGGAAGACAAGGGAGAGGCGGAUGACACAGAAGAACGCUUCUCCGGCCUCCCCCCCGACUUCGGGUACGAUGACGCGCUCGUGCUCGCCGCCGCGCGCUGGUUCAAGCACGAGUAUUUCCGCUGGGCGGAUCCGAUCGCGUGCGCGUGCGGCGGCGCGACGGCGUACGCGGGGCCGGGCGAGCCGUCCGCCGACGACCGGGCGGGCGGCGCGGCGCGCGUCGAGCUGCACCGCUGCGCGGCGUGUGGCGCGACCACGCGUUUCCCGCGCUACAACACGGUGCGGGCGCUGAUGCGUGCGCGCGUGGGGCGGUGCGGCGAGUUCGCGCAGCUCUUCUACGUCUUUCUCCUCGCGCUCGGGCUCGAGGCCCGCUACGUCUGGAACUCGGAGGACCAUAUGUGGGCCGAGUAUUGGAGCCCGGCGCUGCAGCAUUGGGUGCAUGUCGACGCGUGCGAGGCCGAGGUCAACAAGCCGCUGCUGUACGACCGGGGGUGGGGCAAGAUGCAGGCGUAUUGCCUCGCGUUUGGAGUCGCGGGCGCCGAAGACGUGACGCGCGCCUACGUUGACGACUGGGGGGCGUGUUUGCGCCGCCGCCAAGAUAAGUGGCGGCAGGGGACGGGUUGGGGCGAGCGGCGGUUGGCGUGGUUGCUGCUCACGCAUACGGUGCAGUGCCGCGGGUUGUUGGAGGACGAGGAGCGGCUGCGGCUGCAGAGCAUGGAUGAGGCUCAGGCGCGGUGGGUUGCGGAUGCGGCUGGACGGGAGCGAGAGGCGGCGGCGGGCGGACUGAAGGGGAGGGAGAGUGGAACGGAGGAGUGGAAGGAGGCGCGUGGCGAGACGGGGAAGUAG